UUCUGUUCGUUGUCGGGUCGGUAGUGGUCGUGUCACAGAUACAGGCACGGUGCAAGCACAGAAGGGACAGAACGGUUGGAACGCGUACGGUUGACUUUUCGAUCUCGUCGUCGCGGUAGCGUUUGGACGGUAUCCUAGAAAAAUCCGUAGAAAUCUCAAGCAAUCGCGUGUGGUAGAAUCGAAAAGACGAAAGAAUUGAAAAUGGAUGUGUCGUCCGCAAAUCGUUACGGGCUACUUUGUAUGGACGAUGACGCCAGUGAUCCGCUGGAAAAGCUCGUUCGGAAGAAGAACAAACAGCAAAAGCAGCAGCAGAAGACCCCAGGCGCGGUCCCACCCGGGGGCGGCAUGGCCGAGAAGGAGAACAAAUCUGCCGCAAUGAAUAAAAAUGUGGACAAAAAGCCCGCCGGUAGCGGCAUUGGCGGUCUGCCUACAGUCGGACAGAAGGCCAUGGCAAAUCACACGGGCAGCGCAGGAGCGCCCGGUGGCGGAGCCAUCAAUGUCAAGGACCAGUACCGGAAUAAUCAGGAUCAGCAACGACCACCACGUGAAGGAAAAAAUCCUGAUCGUAAUGUCAAUUUCAAAUCGGAAACCCGGGAGCAACGCAAUAAUCGUCGAAACCGCAACGAAGAUCGUCAAUAUCAACAGAUCCAACAUAACGGCAAUAUUUCUGGUGAAUAUCAAAAUACAACGGAACGUCCACAAAGGCAACGCGGCAGUGGUGGUGGCUCAGCUGGCGGACCACCACGACGUAAUUUUGGCGGUAAACGGGAAUUUGAUCGACAAUCAGGCUCGGAUAAGACAGGUGUUAAGGCUGUUGAUAAACGUGAUGGCGCUGGUGCACAUAAUUGGGGAUCACAUAAGCAGGACUUGGAAGAUUUAAAUAAAACGAGUGAAGAUGUGGCGACUGACAAGGAUGACUCAGCUGGCGAACAACCAACGGAACAGGCUGCUGUUAUUGAGGAGGAAACCAAAGAACUUACGCUUGAUGAAUGGAAAGCACAACGUGCUGUGCGCGCAAAGCCCCAAUUCAAUAUACGUAAGGCGGGUGAAGGCGAAGAUUUGUCACAGUGGAAAAAAAUGAUUGCCCUCAAUAACAAGAAAAAGGACGAUGAAAGCGAAGAAGAACUUGAAUAUGAUCCAUCUAUGUAUCCACAACGUGUUGGCCGUUUGCAACGCGUCUUGGAUAUUGAAUUCCACUUCAACGACGGCCGAAGAGUAGGCGGUUUGGGUGGACGUGGUCGAGGACGUCCCCGCGGAAAUCCAGGUGCGGCCGGAGGAGGUGCUGGCGGUGGUCGACGUGAGGGGCGCCCGCGAAAUACUGAUCAAACAAAAAUCCAAGAAGACCGGCAUCGCGGUUCACAGAAUGCCCCCAAGGUAGACGAUGAGCAUGACUUCCCGUCAUUGGGUUGAGUGGAUUUGCUUCUAGGGUUGCGAGCCGGGACGGGGAUAAUCGUUACUAAAAACUAAACAGCAGCAACAAACUCCAUUGAACGAGCGAACAGAAUAAAAAUGUGACACUAUAUAUAUAAUAUGCCGAAGAAAAGUAUAUUUAGAGCCGAGAACAACCGCGGACCCGACGGAGAUGUGUAGUGAACUUGUGUUUCGUUUUUCUUUUUUCAUCUUCAAGAGGCAAAUGACAUGCUUUUCAAUUUUUAAUGCAGUGAACUAUAAUUUUUUUUUCUCUUGGAAUCUAAAUGAAAUAGAGAAUAUACUUGCGGUCGAUCACAUGAAGAGAAAAUAAAUCAAGAUAUUACCCGUAUAUCAAGAGCAAAGUAUAUUACUGAGACAUUUUAGACUAAGCAAAUCAUAAUUGAGCAUACUUUAUAGUUUCUCUUGUGUGUGGUUCGAAGAUUUGAAUUUUCUACAAGUCUUUAGUGUCAUUUACAUGUACUUGUUUUCCUAAUUAUUAAGUUUACUAUUUUUAGUUAAAGAAACAGCAAAAGCGAUAUUUGAAACAAUCAUGAUUUGGUAUCGAAUAAACUAAUGACUCACCCAGGUUCCCUGGGAGAUGGAGAGAAAUGCAAAAAGCAAGAACAAAACGGAAUGAGAAUAAACCCAGAGAGCAUGUAGUUAUCCUUCGAUUCGAUUAUAAAAUGUAUUUUCCGCCUUUUUGAAGUUUGAACUGACAUAAUAUGAAAUUGUAUACAACGCCAUAAGUCCGAUGUUUUGAUCUAUAGAAAUAUAGCGAUGAUGCACGGAUCUUGAUUGAAUGGAGGAAGAAUAAGAACGAUUUAUUUUCAAUUUUAUAUAAAUAUAUACUUUGUUUUAUAUUACUAAGAAACAAACCUUGUUCGAAAUUUUGUUUUUUCUUUUCUUAAAAAAAAGAGAACUAAAUACUGAAAGAUUGAAAUAUGUAAAUUACUAAGGAAUAAAUUGCGGUUUUUAGUACAAUAA